UAUAUCCAGAGCUUGAGAUGAGCUAGAGAUCGGAAAAUUAAAAAAAGAAAAAAAAACAAAAAACAAAGAUGGGCAUUUUCGUAAGCAAAUGCCGCACCGACCGCUGUGAGAAGACCCCAGCCCAGCUCACGGCCCAAAUCCGGACCCUGGAAGAGCAGAUCGCAAGCCUGAACCUCCAACAGGAGGAGGAGAGGAGGGAGAACAGCAGCGAGGUCGAGAGACUGAGGAGGAGGAUCGAGGACGACGAGGAGAGGAUGAGGAGCUUGGAAGGAGAGCUGAUGGCGAGCAGGGACGUUGAGGGCGAAGAAUGGCAGCAUUGGCUCGGGACCGAGUGCUUGGUGGAGCACAUGAAGGAGGAGCAGAAGCGGAGAGAGGUUCAGGUUGAGAAGUGGAAGAGUCUGUAUCUUACUAUCAAGAACGAGCUUGACGAUUUGAUUCUUAGGACUAAACAAGGAGGCAGAUUUAUCUUAGGAGCAAAUGAAGAUCUUAUCGAUAGGCUUCAGAUGGAGGUGAUGGCAAAAGAAGAGACCAUUGAAAUGCUGAGAUCUCGCAUCUCAUUAAUGGAGAAGGAAGAGAAGAGGAGAGAAAGAGAAAUUGAUAUUUUGAGACAGAGCUUGAAAAUUCUCAACAAUACAAAGAGAAAUGGGAUGAGAAGGAAUCAACAGAGCCGCUGGCUGUUGUGAAACAUUGGAAGGUUGAUUACAUGUUAAUUAGCUUGGAAGAUAGCAGUCAAUCACAGAUGUAAUUUGUAUAAGGAAAACAUAUGGAAUUACAUAUGAAUCAUCUUUUGAUUUUUGUCAAUCACAUGUUGGUUCUCUGUUCAAGUUAUUGCUUGAUUACAUAUAAUCUAGUUACUUUGUACA